AUGGGAUCCCCUAUAUCCCCGGUCCUAGCUAACAUCUUUAUGGAAGAAUUUGAAACAUCAUCUCUCCUCACUGCCAACUGCAAACCCACCAUUUGGCCGCGCUAUGUUGACGACACAUUCAUCAUAUGGCCCCAUGGUCAAGAUCACCUCCAAGAAUUCCUUGAGUACCUCAACAAGCAACACUCCACUAUCAAGUUCACCAUGGAACAAGAACAAGAUGGACACCUCUCCGUCUUAAAUGUUCAACUGUCCAGAAACCCAGAUGGCACCCUCCAUCACCGUGUCCACCGCAAGCUCACCCACACCGACCGGUACCUGCACCAGCGAUCUUUCCGCCACCCAGCCAUCAAGACCUGCAUCAACCGCACCCUCGUCUACAGAGCCUACGAGAUCUGCGACCAGAACAAUUGUGACCAAACCAAGAACUGCACCACAUCAAGUCCACCCUCAAGAGGAAUGGCUAUCAACGUAUCAACCUUUCCAAGCCAUCCCCCAGGAAGUUAG